UACCGUACCGUCCCUCCGUACACUAGUGAGUAAUUCCCGUUAUGCCCCCUCUAACCGCCGAUCUCAGAUGGGAGGGUAGGGGCAAACAUGGAAAACUGUCGCCGCUCCUGAAAGGUAAUCUCGUCAACUCAGUUUCACCUCUCGCCGCUUCUCCUCCUCCUCCAUUUCUUCCCUCCAACCACCUCAAGAAGCAGCCAAGAAUCCAUGGCCAUGGCAACCCUGCUUGCCCACCACCAGCCCAAGCGCCGCAGCAUCUCCCCCGCCCCCGCGCCGCCGCGACCACUCCACUCGCUCGCCGACGAGCUCCUCUUCCUCGUCCUCGACCGGGUCGCCGCGGCCGACCCGCGCGCCCUCAAGUCCUUCGCCCUCGCCUCCCGCGCCUGCCACGCCGCCGAGUCCCGCCACCGCCGCCUCCUCCGCCCGCUCCGCGCCGGCCUCCUCCCCGCCGCGCUCGCACGUUACCCCUCCGCCUCCCGCCUCGACCUCUCCCUCUGCCCGCGCGUCCCCGACGCCACCCUCGCUGCCGUCUCCGCCUCCGCCGCGCCAUCCCUCCGCGCCAUCGACCUCUCCCGCUCCAGGGGCUUCGGCGCCGCCGGCCUCGCCGCGCUCGCCGCCGCCUGCCCAGACCUCGCCGACUUAGACCUGGCCAAUGGGGUCCAUCUUGGGGACGCCGCGGCAGCGGAGGUGGCUCGGAUGCGCCGGCUCCAGAGGCUGUCGUUGUCGCGGUGCAAGGCGGUCACCGACAUGGGGCUCGGGUGCGUCGCCGUCGGAUGCCCGGACCUAAGGGACCUCUCGCUCAAGUGGUGCCUUGGGGUCACGGAUUUAGGGAUUCAGCUCCUCGCCCUCAAGUGCAAGAAGCUCAGGACCCUGAAUCUCUCCUACACCAUGAUCACAAAAGACUGCUUUCCAGCCAUCAUGAAACUACCCGAUCUUGAAGUGUUGGAACUGAUGGGGUGUGUUGGAAUUGAUGAUGAUGCCCUUUGUAGUCUUGAGAAAGAUCGCAACAAAUCACUACAGGUGCUUGAUAUAUCAAAUUGUCAGAAUGUCACUGAAGUGGGAGUUUCAUCCUUAGUGAAAUCAACACCGAAUCUAUUGGAACUGAAUCUUUCACAUUGCUGUCCUGUUACUCCUUCUCUGGUGAGCGGCUUCCAAAGGAUUGCUAAAUUGCGGACCCUGAAGCUGGAAGGCUGCAAAUUCAUGGCUGAUGGACUAAAAGCCAUUGGAAGGUCUUGUGUUUCUAUUAUGGAGUUAAGUCUGAGCAGGAGCUCUGGAGUGACAGACACAGAACUUUCUUUUGUUGUGUCAAGACUAAAGAAUCUGCUGAAGCUGGACAUUACUUGUUGCCGCAAUAUCACUGAUGUUUCACUAGCUGCCAUCACUAGUUCAUGCACUUCCCUCAUCUCUCUGAGAAUGGAGUCCUGUGGCCAUGUUUCUAGUAAAGGACUCCAACUGAUUGGAAAGCGCUGUUGUCAUUUGGAAGAGUUGGACCUUACUGACAGUGAUUUGGAUGAUGAAGGGUUGAAAGCUCUCACUGGAUGCAGCAAACUUUCAAGCCUAAAAGUUGGCAUAUGCUUGAGGAUAAGUGAUGAAGGACUUACCUACAUUGGAAAUUCCUGCCCAGAACUCCGGGAUAUUGAUCUGUACAGGUCUGGAGGAAUUAGUGAUGAUGGGGUUACUCAAAUUGCUCAAGGCUGUCUAAUGCUAGAGUCUAUCAAUCUGUCCUACUGUACAAGAAUAACAGACCGUUCACUGAUGUCACUCUCAAAAUGUGCACAGCUGCAUACGCUGGAGAUUCGUGGCUGCCCCAGGGUUUCAUCCUCUGGAAUCUCAGAAAUAGCAAUGGGAUGCAGGCUACUUUCCAAGCUUGAUAUCAAGAAAUGCUUUGAGAUCAAUGAUGCUGGGAUGCUUUACCUUUCCCAGUUCUCUCAUAGCCUCCGUCAGAUAAACUUGUCAUAUUGUUCGGUCACCGAUAUUGGACUUCUUUCCCUUUGUAGCAUAUGCGGCUUGCAGAACAUGACCAUUGUACAUUUAGUGGGUAUUACACCUAAUGGCUUGAUAGCUGCUCUUCUGAUCUGUGGUGGUUUGACAAAAGUGAAGCUUCAUGCAGCAUUCAAAUCCAUGAUGCCUCCCCAUAUGCUAAAAAAUGUUGAGGCGCGUGGUUGUGUCUUCCAGUGGAUCAAUAAACCAUAUAAGGUUGAGCUAGAACCGUGUGAUGUAUGGAAGCAACAGUCACAAGAUGUGAUUGUACGAUGAAAAGGCUUGAAGUGUAGGUAUUGUGGCAACCAGGGCAUGCAUCGUGCCGAUCAGUGGUUGUUGACUGGGAUUCUGAAGCCUAAAGAAUGAACUCAAAAUUGACGUGGUACUGUGCCGAUGCUCUUGAUCCAAUCCUUUAGUUGUACACUAGAUCCAAUCCUUUUGUUUUUUCAAGUGAGCCAGGGAAUUCAUUUUGUCGAAGAAAACGAGGAAAUCCUUUCAUGUCUUGUAUAGCAGCAUAUAGAUGAACGAAAGAGAUGCAAUAUAUUGGAGCUCAGCUUUUGUGUGA